GCCCGGCGCCGGGGCUGCUCGGCUGCCGCUGCCCGCGCUGCCCGCGCCUGGCGCCCGCCGGGCCGGAGCGGGGCCCCCUCAGCCGAGCGGGGCGGGCGCGGAGCGGCGGCGGCGGCUGAGGCGCGUCCCGGAGGGAUGUCGGGGACCCGCUGCCAGGCGCUGUACCCCUUCUCCGGGGAGCGGCACCGGCAGGGGCUGCGCUUCGCGGCGGGUGAGCUGAUCACGGUGCUGCAGGUGCCAGACGGCGGCUGGUGGGAAGGGCAGAAGGAGGACGGGCUGCGCGGCUGGUUCCCGGCCAGCUACGUCCAGCUGCUGGAGCAGAAACCACGAAAGGCAACUCCUCAGCCAGGAGAGGACACCUUGAAUGGCCACCUUCCCCCUGGCUGGCAGAGCUACAUGUCUCCCCAGGGUCGCAGGUACUACGUGAACACCUUCACAAAUGAAACGACGUGGGAGCGGCCGAGCAGCGUGCCUGGCACUCCCAAGAGCCCUGUGUCACAGAAGAGUUCUGCAGUGAAUGGCUACUACAUCUCUGGGUCCCCAGUACACCAGCUCGACUCAGGUCACAUGAGCCUCCGAAAACCCAGUGGGGACCCCCAGAGCCCGGGCUCCCCGGCGGCGCCGCGGCGGCAGAGCAAGGAGAGCAGCCUGACGAUCAACUGUGUGACUUUCCCCCACCCUGACGUAAUGCCAGAGCAGCAGUUGCUGAAACCUUCAGAGUGGAGCUACUGUGAUUAUUUCUGGGCAGAUAAGAAGGACUCACAAGGGAACAACACAGUGUCGGGAUUUGAAAUUCUUCUUCAAAAGCAACUUAAAGGGAAACAAAUGCAGAAAGAAAUGGCAGAGUUUGUUCGAGAAAGGAUAAAGAUUGAGGAGGAAUAUGCUAAGAACCUGUCCAAACUGUCUCAGAAUUCCUUGGCUGCUCAGGAAGAAGGCACACUGGGAGAAGCUUGGGCUCAGCUCAAGAAGAGUUUAGCUGAUGAAGCAGAGGUUCAUCUCAAAUUUUCUUCUAAGCUCCAGAGCGAGGUGGAGAAACCCCUGCUGAACUUCAGAGAGAACUUCAAGAAGGACAUGAAGAAGUGUGACCACCACAUCGCGGACUUGCGGAAGCACCUGGCCAGCCGCUACACGGCCGUUGAAAAGGCCCGGAAAGCCUUGACAGAGAGGCAGAAGGAUCUGGAAAUGAAAACACAGCAGCUAGAGGUGAAACUCAGCAACAAGACAGAAGAGGAAAUCAAGAAGGCCAGACGGAAGUCCACCCAGGCAGGGGAUGACCUGAUGCGCUGUGUGGAUCUUUACAAUCAAGCCCAGUCCAAGUGGUUUGAGGAGAUGGUGACCACCACUCUGGAGCUUGAGAGACUAGAAGUUGAAAGGGUGGAGAUGAUUCGGCAGCAUCUGUGCCAGUACACACAGCUGCGGCACGAGACAGACAUGUUCAACCAAAGUACAGUAGAACUUGUGGAUCAGUUGCUUCGGAAAGUGGAUCCUGCCAAAGACAGGGAACUGUGGGUAAAAGAACACAAAACUGGAGAUAUCCGACCUGUGGACAUGGAAAUAUAGACUGAUCUGUGGUUGGAUGUGAUGAGUCCACUGAAUUAAGCAGGCUAACGUUUGUUUUUAAGGGUCAGAAGAGCAUAGGGAAAAGGUUGUUUCACUACCAGACAGACACCUUGUAAUUUAUGCCUGUAUGGGCUAUCUCUGUUCCAUUUAGUCAUUACAAUGGUCCUCGUUGUGCUAAGCCUUAAGCACCAGACAUUCCAGGGUGAAAAAAACAGAUGUGUGCUUCCCACCUGAGGUUCCCAAUUGCACGCAGCUUCCAGGAGAAAUCUGCUUCCUGGCACAGAAAGUGCCCUGUUCUUCAGUGACUUUGUGCUCCACCCCUUGCAUGACUAUCUCUAUAGAGUAUGUUAGAACAACCAGGCAGAGAGCCUCUGGCCAGCAAGGAGAUAACUGAAUAUGAUGCAGGAGGCAAGGAAGUCCUGAUCAUGAAUCCCAGCUCUGUCACUGACUGCUCUCAUGGCCAUAGGCAAGUCAAUUAACUUUCGUGGCUCCCCCGUUUAUAAAAUCUGUGUAUCCUGCAGCAAUGUUGUGUGGAUGCAUUGCUUUCAUAUAACACUGUCUUUCACCAUGGCAGUGAAGUGAUGGCCCUUCUCCCAAAAUCUAUGGAGAAGAUUCCUGUUCUUCCUGUUUUAUACUCCCUCUCAGGGAUACAUAAACCCAUUUUCAUGAUUUCUGUUGUCGGCCAGUUGAUAAGUUUGAAAGUGUUACCAUCACAAUUUUUUAUCAGGAAAGACUUGGUUGUACUAUACCUACCUCAUUAGCUGUCAGAGUGCCCUCAAUGACAGAAGGAGGUCGUAUCCCAAGGAAUAAAUUAGAUGUUUAAAAU